AUGAAUUCUUCCCCAUCUUCACAGCAGACAGAAGGUUGGUGCCUGUGUCAGGCAAGCAUGAAGUCAGUUGCUGUAACUUUCUGUGUCCUCUGCUUUCAGUUUGAAGCCCUGUAUGGAGUUGCCUGCUGCUCAGCGAAACCCUGCAAAAAUAUAGAUCAGCUUCAUGUCUCUGAUCCCCAGGUGAAGAUGGAAUUUGAAAAUGGAAACUUCAAGUUCACAUUCCCCAACCCGAAAAAUGUGAGUGAGUUCAGCAUGACCCUCCUCAAAGGACAGGAAAAGAAAGAGAUCUGUGCACUCCAUUUUGAUCAGGGGAAAUUCAUCCCCAAGAGUAAUGUCACCUACUGUCAGACAGAACGUUCAAACAGCAGCACCACUUUCAUUCUUAAAAAUCUGGAAAGAAAGCAUAUUGACAUUUAUACCUACUGCCUGGAGAUGCUCUUUCCCCCUCCUUACAUAGACUGCCAGCUGAAAGAAACCUAUUUCUAUAUCCAAGAUAAGGAAGACUGCAUUUCCCUGAGUCUCAUGUCAUGGAUAAUUAUUGGCCUGAUCACGUUUGCUAUGAUUUCCUGUGUCUGCUGUGUUGUGGCCUGUUGCUUAAGGAACAAGAAUCAGCAGCGUGAGCCCAAGUCCCAUGAGUACAACAGUGAAUAUAUGCCCAUGGCAGCAGUGAAUGCAGCUAAAACCCCAAGAAUCUGA